AUGGGAUAUGAUAUAUUAACUUUAUAUUUGUACGUGUUUUACCGAUUCGUUUCUAUAUCUUUUUAUUCAUCAGCAUCGAAUUUGCAUUUUGACCUGGUGUAUUUAUUUUCAAUAUCUUCGAAAUUAUUGCCUCACGUUCGAAUGUUAUAAAUUAUUUAUUUCUUUCCUCUCAAGGGUCGUUUUAUCUACAAUGGCCUCUAUAGUUACUAUUUCUUGACCAAUAUAUAUAGCAAACGUAAUAUAUUGAUUAGCUCCAGAAUAUUCUUAAGAACUGUAUAAUAUGCUAUUCUUGCAUUUCCCAACCAUUCAUCUUCAUACCUUAGUAUAUUUUACUUCACACAGUCGGAUUGAAUCACAGCCCAAAAUGUCAUCAUGACAGAUGUUAAUAAACAUGCAGCGAUGUAUAAAAACAUGUCUUCUUUUGUUUUGUUUGAACAAUAACAACUGACUGACAUUGCCAAAUGUGUACUCUCAUUGAAGACAUGUGUCGACUAAUUAAUUUUCGUGUAAAUAAUUUUAUCGUACGAUUUUUAUAAAUGGAAAAAAUGCUGUUCAAAAUCUUCCUUCUCUUCGCUACAACAUCAGCUCUUGAACUGGAGCCGUGUCAUAAAGUGAAAAUAGGAGACAACUGGUACGAAAAGCAAGUCCUAUGGUCUCAUUUCGGAAGACCGUAUAAUUUGAACGUCCAUAAGACUUCAAACACUUUAUUCUUCAGUUACUCGGUCCCAGAGUCAUAUUCCGACGUUGAUUUUCAACUAGCCUUCUACAACAUGGAUUCAAAAGAGUACCAAACCAUUGCUGGAAUAAAGGGAGGAUGUACCGUGGCAAUAGAUCAGGCUACGGAUGACAUAUUUCUUGGAGGAUCUGACGGAAUCUACAAAUACAACAUGCUGACGAAGUUAGCUGAUUACUACAAAGAGAAAGGUAAGAAUGUUUGGUCGUUGUUUUAUAGGAGAAAUUUAUUUUACAUCAGUUAUCCUGAUCAAAUAUUACACAUUGAAGUGGAUGGAAGAUUUGCCGUCGUCAAAGAAUUUGAACGGUUUGAAAUAGAUCAUUUUCACAUCACUAACGAUGACGUCAUAUACUUUGCAAACAAAACUGGCCUUUAUAAAUAUGAUAAGAAGAAUCUAGAAGUCGUUGUUAUCAACGAACUGAUAACAGUAAGGCAAGUGAUGGAAGACAAUGAUGGUGAAUUGUAUGUGUGCACGAAUUUCGGCGUUUUCGUUGAUGUGAAGUUUGAAGGACUGAAGAAGAUUAUAGAUAUAAAGAAUAUAUUCGGUAUAGCUUUUGAUAGGGACAAUAAUUUGAUAUAUUCUGACGAGAGGAGUAUUAUAAAGUUGUUGUAUAGUGUGCAAGGAUGUCCUGUCAAUAAUUCGCAGUGGUGAAUAAAGGUGUUUAUUA